AUGGAGAUGAACAAUAGAGAUGAGAUGGAAGUCAAGCUCGAGAUUCUGCAAAAAGAAAAUCAGGAAAUCAAGUUGUUGCUGGAGCAGGAAAGGACUUUAAGGAAUAAGCUUGAGAUUGAAGGCACUAAGAAGAAGGAAGCGAUGCUGAAAGCAUAUACAGAGAAUGCAGCAGAGCUAUCUGGGCAAAAUGUGAAUGUGAAAGCCCAGAAAAUUGAGCACAACGUCUUGCGCGUCAACAAUGAGGACCUGAACAUGAAAUACGGAAUGCUCCAGAGGUCACACAAGAAGGUCGAAGCAGAGAUGGCUGCCUUGAGAAAGGCAAACCAGGAACUCAAACAACUGAAAGAACCCUGUGUUGAAGAGAACGCUGUAGAGAUAGCUUCUUUGCGUGAGAGAAACCAGGAACUCCAACAACAGAAGGAGCGUUGUCUUGAGGAGAAAACUGUCAAGAUAGCUGCUUUGUGUGAGAGAAACCAGGAACUCCAACAACAGAAGGAGCGUUGUCUUGAGGAGAAAUCUGUAGAGAUAGCUGCUUUGUGUGAGAGAAACCAGGAACUCCAUUUACAAAAGGAACGUUAUGUUGAGGAGAAAUCUGUAGAGAUAGCUGCUUUGUGUGAGAGAAACCAGGAACUCCAUUUACAAAAGGAACGUUAUGUUGAGGAGAAGGAUGCAGAGAUAGCUGCUUUGCUGAAGGAAAACCAAACACUGAAACAAGAGAAGGAGCAUUGUGUGGAGAAGGAGGCGAAGGUGGACAAGAAGGAAAAUGAGGUGAAGGUGGAACCAGAAGUGAGGCACAAUGUUAAAAUGAAUGCCCUGAAAAUUGAGCAGAAAGUUUUGCGCGGAAACUAUGAGGAACUGAACAUGAAAUAUGAAAAGCUCCUCAAGAUGCAUCAUAAUGACAAAGCAGAGGAUCUCAAACAACUGGAAGAACCCUGUGUUGAGGAGAAGGAUGCAGAGAUGGCUGCCUUGCAAAAGACAAACCAGGAACUCAAACAAGAGAAGUUGCGUUGUGUUGAGGUGAAAAAUGCAGAGAUAGUAGUUUUGCAUGAGAGAAACCACGAACUGGAAGAACAGAAGGAACGUUUUGUUGAGGAGAAGGAUGCAGAGAUAGUCACUUUGCAUGAGAGAAAUCACGAACUGGAACAACAGAAGGAACGCUUUGUUGAGGAGAAGGAUGCAGAGAUAGUCACUUUGCAUGAGAGAAAUCACGAACUGGAACAACAGAAGGAACGUUUUGUUGAGGAGAUGGAUGCAGAGAUAGUCUCUUUGCAUGAGAGAAAUCACGAACUGGAACAACAGAAGGAACGCUUUGUUGAGGAGAAGGAUUCAGAGAUAAUCAACAAGAAUGUAUGUGCCAAGAUGGGGAUUCAGAGAAGUCUCUGUUCGCCCUAUCACCCUCAAACCAAUGGGCUGGUAGAGAGGAUGAACGGCACCAUACAAAGAGCUCUCAGGAAGUUGGUGGCAGACAAACCAGAAGACUGGGAUGAGUACCUAGAUGCAGUCAUGUUUGGCUUGAGAACAAAAAAGCAGAUGACAACUAAGUUCUCACCAUACUUUUUAAUGUUUGGCCGAGAGGCUCGGUAUCCAACCGAGGUGCCAGGACACUUCAUGGUUGGUAAACACGUCUCAAUAUAA